AUGCAGUUCCGUACCAUCUUAGCAUUGGCUCUUGCCCUGGGCACUUCUGCCGCACCUCUGGGUUCAGUUGAGAAGAGGGGAAGUCCAGUUCCUCCUCUCGUUGAUGCUGGAAUCGAGAAAAGAGCAAGCCCAGUCCCCCCUCUGGUUGAUGCUGGAAUCGAGAAGAGAGCAAGCCCAUUACCUCCUCUCGUUGAUGCUGGUAUUGAGAAGAGAGCAAGCCCAGUCCCUCCUCUCGUUGAUGCUGGAAUCGAGAAGAGAGCAAGUCCAGUACCUCCCCUGGUUGACGCUGGAAUCGAGAAACGUGCAAGCCCCGUCCCGCCCCUAGUUGAUGCUGGCAUUGAGAAACGCGGAAGCCCUGUUCCCCCUCUCGUCGACGCUGGUAUUGAGAAGCGCGCAAGCCCUGUCCCACCUUUGGUUGAUGCCGGAAUCGAGAAGCGUGGCAGUCCUGUGCCCCCUCUUGUUGACGCUGGUAUCCAGUAG